AGCAUGCUUAAAACUUUGCUUUACGCCCAACUGUUUUUGGUUUGUUUGGGGAUAGGAUACCUCGUAAUUUUUAUCACCCAGAACUUGCCAGGACUCCAUGGUGUUAUCCAUGUCAAUAGGAGCUCAGGGAAUGGAACUGCCUAUAGGCUUCUGGACGGAAUCCCUCAUGUUCACGCGGACUCUUUGGAUAUGAGCUUCUACACUCUUGGAUUUGCUAUGUCAAGUGAUAGAAUUUUCCAAAUGGACAAGCUGAGAAGACUUGCACAAGGAAGGCUGAGCGAAAUCCUUGGUGAACCAGCUGUCAAUGUCGAUAAAGCCAUGAGAAAUUACGGAUUUGAACAUUUUGCAAAAAUGAUCUACAUGAACAUGGAUAACAAGACUAAAGGAUAUUUGCAAGACUUUAGUGAUGGGAUCAAUGACUACCCGCACUAUUUCUCAGAAGGUAUUGAAUACUGGGUACUCGGAACAAAGUUUGAUAAGUGGAAACCAGAGGAUUCAAUUAGUAUCUAUACUUUCAUGUCUUUCUUCCUUAGUGAAUCUAAUGAGGUUACAAGAGAUUACUAUUUCUCUAAACUUCAGGAUGAAGAUUUGAUAGAAGAGCUUUUGCCAAUGCACCCAGAUAAGGAAUCUGAAAUCUCAACUCCAGUCUUUACUGACGAGGAACUUAAAGAGUUCAAACUGUAUAAGAAAAAUGCUAUUAAAGAGAAAGCAAGAAGUGAGAAGAGGAAAUUAUUUGAAUUUAUUGAAGAUAACCUCCAAGGUGAACUUGAUCUAGUAGAAGAAAUUAGAAAGAUCUACUCUACAGGUACAGGAGCUUCUAACUGCUGGGCAAUUAGUGGAGAGCAUACUAAGAAUGGAAAGCCUCUUCUUGUGAAUGAUCCUCACUUGGAUCCAUCUAUCCCAUCCCAUUUCUACCUUGCCGAGUUGAAUGUCAAUGAUGAAUACGCAAUUGGAGCCCUUUUACCAGGAGUUCCUAUUUUUGUAUCAGCCAGGACAAAAAACAUCGCUUUUGGAGUCACAACUUUGAAUGCUGACAACGUCGAUUACUUUGAAGAAAAGAUAAAGGGUGACAAAUACUUAUUUAAAGGCAAGUGGGAGCCUCUCGAAGUCAGGGAAGAAGUGAUUAACAUCAAGGGUAAAGAUCCAAUCACAAUCUUGGUAAGAUCUACUCAUCAUGGGCCUGUCCUUGAUCAUGCUGGAUCAGUAGUUGGAUCAGUUGAUAGUGCAUUCCUUCAUGCUAAAACAAAGGAUCCAGUGUCAAUCUCAUGGUCAGGAUACCAGUACGAGAAUCAUUUCAUUGAUGAAUUUAUCGACAUCUUGAAAUUUAAAGAUAUGAACCAAGUUUUGAAGUCUCUGAAGAAUAAAAAUGGAGGUAGUUUCGGACUAUGUGGAGCUGAUAGCUCAGGAAACAUUGCAUUCGUUCCUCAUGUCAGAUACCCUAAAAGAAUGGACAAAUUCGCUGGAGAGAAAGGAAUCAAACCAGGAUGGACAGGAAAGUACGAAUGGCAAGGAUUUGAGGACUUCUCUAAGUACCCAGUGAUGAUCAAUCCUAAAAAGGGAUACGUGUUUGCAGCAAAUGGAAGAAUUACUUCGUUAAAUACUGAAUCUGGAAUUGGAUCUACAAACCCCUCAACUGCAAGAGCAGCCAGAAUCAAUGAGAUGCUUCAUGAUUUAAUCCACGUUCAGAGAAAGAAGGUUGAUAUUAAUGACAUGAAGACAAUGCUGAACGAUACAGUUGAUAUCUUUGCUAAGCUCAAAACUCCAUUACUCUUAAAAAUAGUUGAGCAAGAUGGAAAUCUCGAAAAAUAUAUUGAGGAUAAAUCAAGACUUCCUCAAAUAAAAGAGUGGAUCGAUCAACUCAAAUCUUGGAAUUACAGAUUUGACCAGGACUUAACUCAGCCAACACUCUUCAGUCUUUGGGAAGCUUAUUUGUUCGAUAACAUGUUCAAAAGACAAAUCACCAAUCCAAAAUUACGUAACUUUGUAUCAAAGAAGUACGGCCAUGAUGAUUUUAUUGUCAAGUUCUUGGAGGAAGUUAGCCAAAAUCCUUCUCAUUUCUCCAAGUACUGUCAAUCUGGAACAAAGGAUGUCAAGAAUGCUUGUGUUAAGGUAGUUGUAGGAGGAUUAAACUUUAUUUAUGAGUACCUUGUCCCAGCAGGAACUAGAUUUGAGGAUCAGGAUGCUCUGUUUGGAAAAUGGCAUACUGUUCAGUAUAAUUACGCUCCAUUUACCAAUUCAUUCCUGAGAUAUUUCUUCGAUAGAAGUGACUCUGAUAGCGGAUCAAAGCACACCAUAAAUGUUGGAUCUAUCUACUACGAAGACUUUGCUGAGAAAGGACUUCAAUCAUCUCAUACUCCAAUUUACAGAAUGGUAGUAGACUUCGGAAAAGAUGAAGAUAACCAAUUCUGUAUUGAAACUGGAGCUUCUGAGAACAUUCUGGGAAAAUAUUUCUACUAUAAUCUUCAUGAUGCUCACAUGUCUAUGGAGUUGGUUCCAAUGAACUUCAACUCGUUGAACACCUCCCAUAACAAGAGAUAUAGCACAAUUAGAUUCAUUUACAAGGACUGGUAUGAUCAGGAAGAGGAAAGACUUAGACUCUUAGAAGAAAAUAAGAUGAAUCAGACCUCAACUGACACCAAAACAGAUGAUUUGUAG